AUGGGCCGCGGGGCCUGCAUCCCCUGCGCGGCGUCGGGCGCUGUCCAGGCCCGCUGGCUCGGGGCCGUGCUGGGCGGGCUGUGCCUGGUCCCCGCGCUCGUGCUGCUGGCGCGGCUCGGGACCCCAUCGGCGCCGGCCUGGAGCGCAGCGCAGACAGACGUGGCUGCGCCCGACCCGUCGGGGGUCCACAUCACCCAGGUCCUCACUCCACCGACCUGGCUGGCCCCCCGAAGACGCCGCUACACGCUGACCCCAACCAGGCUGCGCUGGGACCACUUCAACCUCACAUACAGGAUCCUCUCCUUUCCCCGAAACCUCCUGAGCCCCCGUGAGACACGGAGAGGCCUGGCUGCUGCCUUCCGCAUGUGGAGUGAUGUGUCUCCCUUCAGCUUCCGAGAGGUGGCACCUGAGCAGCCCAGUGACCUUCGGAUAGGCUUCUACCCGGUUAACCACACAGACUGCCUGGUGUCCACUCUACACCACUGCUUUGACGGCCCCACUGGCGAGUUGGCUCACGCCUUCUUCCCACCCCAUGGUGGCAUCCACUUUGAUGACAGCGAGUACUGGGUUCUGGGCCCCACACGCUACAGCUGGAAGAAAGGCGUGUGGCUCACAGACCUGGUGCACGUGGCGGCCCAUGAGAUCGGCCACGCGCUGGGCCUGAUGCACUCACAGCAGGGCCGGGCACUCAUGCACCUCAAUGCCACACUGCGAGGCUGGAAGGCGCUGUCCCAGGACGAGCUGUGGGGGCUGCACCGGCUCUAUGGCUGCCUGGACCGGCUGUUUGUGUGUGGCUCAUGGGCCAGGAGAGGCUUUUGCGAUGCCCGCCAGAGGCUCAUGAAGAGGCUUUGCCCCAGCAGCUGUGACUUCUGCUACGAGUUCCCCUUCCCCACGGUGGCCACCACUCCACCCCCCCCCAGGACCAAAACCAGGCUGGUGUCUGAAGGCAGGAACGUGACCUUCCGCUGUGGCCAGAAGAUCCUCCACAAGAAAGGCAAAGUAUACUGGUACAAGGACCAGGAACCCCUGGAGUUCUCCUACCCUGGCUACCUGGCCCUGGGCGAGGCACAGCUGAGCAUCAUCGCCAACGCUGUCAAUGAGGGCACCUACACGUGCGUGGUACGCCGGCACCAGCGUGUGCUCACCACCUACUCCUGGCGGGUCCGAGUGAGGAGCUGA